UUCACUUGUCUUUGGGAAGCAUCCAUCACAGGAGAUCCAAAAUGUUGAAGAUUGUCGCUUUGGUUGCCUGUUUAGCCGUUUUCGUUUCGGCCGAAUACUACCUGGCAGAACACGUGGAAGCCAAGGAUUAUUACUCGCACCCGAAGUACAAGUUCGAGUACGGUGUGCACGAUCCUCACACCGGAGACCACAAGAGUCAGUGGGAACACCGCGACGGGGAUGUCGUCGUGGGAUCGUACACCGUGGAUGAAGCCGACGGCACUCACCGUGUUGUCUCGUACAACUCGGAUGACCACAACGGAUUCCAGGCCCAUGUGCAACGAGUCGGACAUGCCCACCACCCACACGGAGAGAGUUACGCCAACAUUGACCAGCAUCACUAUUCUUUGGUAACGAGUUCAGGUUCAGUAGUGCUGGUGGAUGUUGGCAUAGCUUUCUCCGUGUGGGUGGUGAGCAUGUCCUUUACGUUGGACAUGAGGCUGGAAUCCGGUUUUGUGAUCCGAGCUGUAGUCAACAAUGCGGUGGGUUCCGUCGGCUUCAUCGAGAGUGUAUUGUCCCUUAACGUGAUCUCCAUCACGAUGUUCCCACUGGCUCUUGUGAUCGUGGGUGUGCAGAUCCUUAACACCGUAUUCGUAUUUGUACUUUGGGUAGCUGUAGAUUUCCUCCUUUCCAGUUGCAAGAGUUUUCAGCUCCAAACCAGCAUCAGCUUCGAGAUGUUCAAGAUUAUCGCCCUGGUCGUCUGCCUUGCUAUCGCCGUUUCGGCUUACGAGGAUUAUCACACCCAUCCGAAGUACAAGUACGAGUAUGGUGUCAAGGAUAGUCACACCCACGACCACAAGAGCCAAUGGGAACAUCGCGACGGGGACCAUGUCAAGGGUCAGUACACUCUGGACGAAGCCGACGGUACGCACCGGGUCGUAGAUUACACCUCGGACCACAAAACUGGAUUCCAGCCGCAUGUUCAGCGUAAUGGCCAUGCCCACCAUCCACACGGAGAAAGUUAUGCCAACAUUCAUCAGCAUUACUAAGCAAGUUGAUCUCAAGCCAAAGAAAUAAAUGCUCUAAACUCAA